CCAUGCAUGAACAGCGGUGAGCGCUGAGAGGAGGGAGGCGUGCUGCGCUGGAACGGCAGGAGAUAGAAGAAAGGGGGGAACGGGGAGGUGCUCGCCAUCAGCCUUCACCCGUUGGGCCCGUCCCCGACGGCGACCUGAGCUUCUUCUUUUCUUUUCCCUCUGCCAAAUUGAUGUGAGCUCGUGUCCUCAAUUCAUCUCCGCCUGAGUCCAGGAUGGUGGCCACUGCAGCGUACGGCCGGAGGCGCCAGCGACCUCAGGCACCCAUCACUGGGCGGUGACCGACGCUUAUUCUUCCUCUCCCUCCGUCAACAUUAUGUGUGCUCAUGUCCUUCAUGUUUUCUCCCAAUCCGUCUGUCUUUAUUUUUCUGCCUAAAUGCUAUCUACACAUUUACGUGUUGUGGCAGUGGGGAGAUGGAGCCUGGCCGAGGGGGAGAUAGAUGAAGGAUGCUGCUAAAGUGGUUUCCCAACUGUAAGAUCCGUUAUCCCUCUUUUGAUUCUCAUCCCCAAUUUCAUUUUGCGCAGUUUGUGUUUGUCAUACUGGGUUUUAUUUUGUAAAGGAGUGUGUCAUACUGGAUAAUGCUCCAAGACUAAUUAAUUAUUUUCGUAACCACAUUGAAGAAAUUAGUUUGUUGCUUUGAUGUCGUGUUUGUUCGCCAAUGCUGAUUUUUCAGGCUGGAUCAUCAUUUGUGAGUGCCAUUCUUAGCAGUUUAGUAUUUGGCGGUUCAGUCUAUUUACCCUUCAUUUGUUUGGUAGUUUGGAAGAAGGAAGAUUUGAUGAGGGAUAUCUACACUUCUGCCAUAGAUCGGAGGCGAGAUUAGAGGGAAUUUGCUCAUUCAGUUCUGAAGAAUUUGUGGUGGAUUGCGUUUCGUAGUGUAUGUUGGGGUUCUGCCAACAAUCGAGCACGCAACCAUAUGUAGUUUCCCUGCAACUUUGUUUAUCAUCAACUUAAUUUAUUUAUUUCCUGUCAUAUAGUUCUUCAUUAUCAUUUAUCCACAUAUGAAACUAGCCUUUAGUAUUUAGAUUCAGAAGCACACUUAGCAUUGAAACUGCAUGUCCAUUUGUUUCUUCAGUUUUCUGUCCAUUAUAUGCCAACCUUCCUUGCCCUUCCUACUACCCAAUUUCACACUAAGAAUCUCUUGAGUCAUGUUUAUAUACACUUGCUCAUUUGCUUGUGUGUUAAUUCAUUCUUCAAUCAGUCUUCAUAUUCAUUGAUGAAAAUUACGUUGUUAGUAUUCAUUUAUCUUUCUUUCUUCUUUGGUGUUAUUCUGAAUAAUCAAUGUCUCUCUUCUCAGUUUUUUCAGUGUUUCUUUUUACCAUGUUAGUCACCGAAGAAAAGUAUAUUCUUAGUCCCCAGUCGCUGUUUCAUCAGAGUCCUUUUGAGCAAUCAUUCCCUCUUUUUUAUUUCAUUCACUUUCGUUAGUCUUGGGGCUGUUCUCCCUUUCUUUGUUUAGUCCUCCUCCAUUUUCUCAUGAGAACGGACUUUUAGAUCCCGGGUGCCUAGACACCCGGUUAUCUGGACCGUUCGUCCAUCUCUGGUGCGUUGAGAUGUGUGCCAAGCUGAGAAACGAAUCAAUAUAAUACCAGGCUGAGAAACGAAUCAAUAUAAUACCAGGUCUGCUUCUUGAUUAGGCGCGGGAUGUUCGACAGCACCGAAAUAAACUAUGCCUAGUACAGCCGUGCUGCUACACACCUGACACCUGCACCCACCUACUAGUAAAGAAAAAUCGCAGUUGAUACGACAUGUCUGCCUGGCAGAGUAUUCGGAGGGAGAUAUAUGUGUCGGCCAUUCUUUCAAACGAGCGACUAGACGUGUCGUCUUGAAUCCACUCAACUCCGUCUUCCCCAUCCUGCGCCGUACAGUAGUGAUCCCCAUUCUCAACUCCCCGUGCCCUUCUGGUUCACCUUCCAUCUUCCCCGGCGGAUUGCAUUUCAAUCUAUGGACUCCCACGUCGAGGAUGCGGAACGGUAUGUCCGCGAGGCAGGCGACGGGCCCGGCACUGCAAUUGAAGCGGAAGGAUAUCAAUUCGCGGCUCAUGGGAUUGAUUUUUUCGCAUCUAUAGCCGCCGGCCUGGAUCUGCAAUCAACACCCAGAUCGAAAGUGGUGGAUGGUGGUUCUUUUGUUACGAUUUCGGGCGAUGUUCAUACAUCCGAUGCAGCGGCGACCCGGCAGGACAGGACGAACUCUUGUCAAUACCCACCAGCUUGUGGAUGGAAACGUAGUCAUACAUACAGGAAUCAAACGGGUGACAGGCUCACAGCAAGGGCAAUGCCAAGCAAGUUCACAUCUAUUGAAAGAUGUCUGCUAAACUCUGAAGGUAAACAUGCUCCUGAUACAUUUGCCCCUAUUGUGGGGUCAUCAUUCGACUCCUGUCAGUAAGCGUAUGAGCAGUACAAUUUGUUUGCUUGGGAGAAUGGUUUUGGUAUUCGACACGGCAAGUCUAGAUGGGGAGAUGGACGAUACCAGCUAAUGCAUGAAAUUGUGUGUCAAUGCCAGUGUAGGGCAAACCAUAGAAGGAGAAUUCUGUAUCAUGUAAAACUCAAUGCAAGGCAAGGAUGAGGCUUCUUCGUACAGAAGACCAUGGUUGGUGCGUUAGCAUCUUCAGUAAUGAGCAUAACCAUCAUCUGUCUGGAAAUCGAGAGGAGACAAGGGAAUGGCAUUUACACAGUGAGAUCAACCCUGUACUUAUGAACUUCAUCAAGGAUUUGAGAGAGAACAAUAUCAGUCUCAGCAAGGUGCACAACAUACUAAAUGCAACACAUGGUGAUCAGGCUGGUGCACCGUUCCGUAAGCAAUCUUUAAGGUAUCUAUGCUCUCGGAUUGCUCAGGAUGCGAUAUCUGACGACAUGGAAAAAACUGUAAAAUUGCUAGAUGAAAUGAAGCGUGUGGAUCCAAGCCUGUCAGUUUUUUUAGAAAUCGAUCAUGAGGGUUCCCCUAAGUUCAUCUUAUGGUGUACUGGGAAGAAUAAACAGGAUUAUAUGUACUUUGGUGACGUGGUCACUUUCGACACAACAUACAAAACCAAUCUUUAUAAUAUGCCGUCUGGUAUUUUUGUUGGCGUGAACAAUCACUACCAGUCAACCAUUUUUGGAGGUGUGCUCAUGCGCGAGGAAACAGUAGCUGGAUUCGAGUGGGCUUUCGGAAAUUUUGUUGAAGUUAUGAAUCGGAAACAUCCGGUCACCAUCCUAACAGAUCAGUGUAGAGCGAUGAAAGGUGCAAUAAGAAAUGUACUUCCAAAUACAAGACACCGUUGGUGUAAAUGGCAUGUGAUCAAGUGUGCUAAAGAACAUCUCGGAGGUGUCUACAGCAAGAAGAGUUUAUUCAAAGAAGAAUUCCACAGACUCAUAAAUGAGGUCCUUUGUGUUUCCGAGUUUGAGGACAAAUGGGCCGAACUCCUGGAUAAGCGGACACAACCAUACAUGGACCUGUUACAACCAUUAACACUUGUACCAGGUACAUACGUCCAGUUAGGUGUUUCUAGUACAACAUGAUUAGAACGCGCAGUAGGUGUUCCGGGUACGAGUUGCGGCCAUGUUAUGCCUGAGUGUGUCCUAGGCGUUUGAGGCCCCAAAUUUUUUGUUCGUGGUUGUAGAUGCUAUUAUCACUUGUAUCACGUACAUAUGAUCGUUCAUGUGCUCCUGGUA